AAUGAAAUAGUCUCUCUUAAAAGUCAAACUGUUCUGUGAUCAGACUCACUAUACUAAGGUCACACUAGCAAAACAACACUGAAGCUUUCACCUAGCUUCUCAGCUCUGAAACAGCAUGCAUAAAUUAAAUGUCUUUUGUCUUGUAACACAGAGUCAAACCACAGGCUGGGCCCACUUCUAGAACUUAAAGAAGGAGCACUCAAGGGUGCACAGAGCAAGAUCUGCACCUGGAAACAGUUUGACAGCUAGAAUGACCUGCUGUUCAACUUUUCUUGAACUGAAAUCAGAUAGAAAAAACAAAACUUCCCCAGUAUUUGUUGUUGACCUAAAUGACAAUGUGGGGGACUUCAGGGUAAAACGAGCAGAACCAGAAACAUUUUGCACAACACAAGAAUUACCCCUAUGAGGGUGACCCCAUGUUAAUUUCGCCAGAUUCCAACUCUUCAAAAAUCAGUGGUUUGCUGCUUGAGAAGCUCAGAAAAGCAGAAAUAUUGUCCCCGUUUUAGAAAUCCCACAGACAGUUGCCUGACAUGGAAGACAAGAUGGAUGUAAAAAAUACAUUUAAAACCCAGGAAAAUACUUCCUGCUUAAGGGAUUUUUCAGAGAAUGGUGAUGACCUAAUUAAUUUUAACAGUAUGGUCAGUGUCACGACUGGAAAAGCAGAGAAAUACUGCAGUGGACAGGUACAUUCCUGCCCUUCAAAAGUAAUCACUUAUAAUACAGACAACUGUUGCCUUAACACGGAAGACUCUGUAUCUGGUCAGUCUCUGGCAGAUGUCCAGGCAUGUAAAAAGACUCUAAACAUGAAUACCCUAUUCAGUGAGCAGGCAGAUACUCCCAUAGUAAAUCACAAUUAUUUUGUAAAAGAUGAUUCUGAAAAUUCUGCCACUAUUCUGGAGAUUUAUGCAGAGGAAAUUCCAAGUGUAAGUGAUGACUUUUCUGGUGAUAACCUAGAGGAUUUUGACUGUUCAGAUGUGCUGACAGUGCAUGAAAAUGAAAUCUGGAAAAAGAAAUUACAGUUUUUAUUAGAAAGUGAUGAUGAAGAUGAUUUAAAACUGAGUAAGGAUUGUGAUGGGUGUGCUUACUUCCUCAGUGAAAUGCCUUGUCUGUUCCAAGUGUCAGAUAACACUACGCCUAUGGAUACCACCAUUGGCUUCUGUGGUCAUCACUCAAAAUUCAACGGAGUAAAUGUAAGGAGAGACCCCUCUAUGUACAGCCGGUCAACUUUGCAGACAGAGAUGACUCUCACUGUUGGACACCACCGAGAUAAAAGUACCAGUUUGAAAGACAAAGAAAAGUAUAACGUGCCUGUUGCAUCUGCAGACAUUGAAGAUGACCAUCCCAGAACUGAAGAAGAAAAUAAUGGAAGUGGCCACUCAGCUGCAGAUUUCUCAACUGACAAAUCAAAGAACAAGGAUAAUGUACGUGCCAAAGCGGACUCCUCUACUAAUGGCAUAGGUGCUUCUUUGACAAAUCAGGCUUCAGAGACAAUGACAGAAAACAUUAUGGACAAGGACUUGCUGGGUGAAAGCUCAUUGCUGCUAGAGGAGGGGGGAAGAAAUUUGCCGGAGGAAAAUGCAAGGCAUGCUGUCUGUACCUUAACAGAAAAUCUAAGAAGAAACCUUUUAAAGUUGUUAAACCCUAAAGAGCUUUGCAGAUACGUAAGUAAUAUAGGACAAUCUUUCCAGACUGCAGCAGAGGUCAGGGAAUCCAGUGCUCUGUUUCCCAGUCAGGAAGGUGUCAUUUCAACACAAAUCCCCGAGGAGACAGAAAGCUUGCAAAUGCAGGCUGGUUUGUGUCAUACAGAAGAGGCUGAUAAAGAGUGUCAUUGGGAAAGGAAAAGGACUUGGGGCCUGUCUGAGCAAAAUCAGAUGCCAAAUGAAAACAUCUCACCCAGGAAUCAAGGUGCUAAUCUUAAAAUCUUUACCCAGAAUUGUGAGAGACUAUGUAUGGAGCCUGGAACAGAGAAGGAGGGCAUCUUCAUGACUUGUGAGAGUGCAGGAACCAUCCACCCAGCUUCAGAAAUGCUCUGUACUGAAAAGACAUUACAAGUAAAAAAUGCAAAUUUACAGACCUAUUCUCAACACCAUGCUCCUGAUAAGAGAGAAAGUUGUCACCAACAAGUCUUUUGUGAACAAGGAAUUAAUAUUAUUAGUAAUGGCAACAAAUCAAAGAAUGAUGUUUCACCUUUUCCUUUAUGGGAUACGGACUCUGUUCCUGAUAAACAAGACUGUUUGUGUGCUGUUCUCUCUUCUGCAAAGCUAUGUGAUGAGCCAAGGGAGGGAGAGCAAAGGUAUAGUUUUGACUCACACGAUAGCAAUGACACAGAUAUUCUCUGCAGUCUGUCAUGUGAUGAAUCUCUGUUUGAAGCUAAUCCCAAGUCAGUCCUGGAAUCUGGAGAAGCUGAGUGCAAAGGAGAUGCUGAUAUAUCUGCAGUGCAUGGCAAGCUGUGGAAACUUCUUCAUGAAGAUUACUCAGACUAUCAAAUCCCAUUUGAAAACCGGGGGAUCACAAGCUUAGAAAUUAGGCUGACAGAUAGCAAAGUCAGAGAACUGAACUUUGUACAGGAGACCUGUUCUGAUCAUCCUUUGCCAAUAAAUUUGAUAGAAGAGCAGGAACCUAUUACACAGCCAGCUAGUAGACAAAGAACAGAGAAAGAAGACUGCAAUGUUUCUAAUAACCUACUUGAAACAGAUGAAGCAUGUAACAGUGCAUCCAUAGGAAACAUUUGUCUUGCACAAGUGGUAGAAACAGAUGGUAUAUGUCUAGAUUCUAGCACUGGAAAUAAAACGGAAACACCAUCCAUUUGUGUUUCAGCAAAUAGUAUCAUCUUAAAUAGAGGGGAGUGCUUGGAGCGGAAGCCAAAUCAAACAUUAACUGACAGUAAUGGAUUCAUUCAAAUGACUGUUGCUCGGGAAGGAAAGCUUACCAUUAAUAAUGGUUCACAAACAUGUGAUGCAGUUUCUCCUCAAAGACUGAAAAAUGCUCAGAGUAGUAAUUUAGCAUAUGACAAAGAAAACCCAGCUUACAUGUCAGAUAAGUCACAUGGGACAACUGGACAAUUACUUCAUACUGAGCACAACAUAUCCUUGAUAAAUGAGUCUGUAACUGGUAAAGGGUGUCAUUUUAGAGACUGUUACCCAGCAAGAAAAGAACUGGCUUAUUUCCCUGAAGAGAAAGACAUUUUCCCUGGUGAAAAUACCAAUCAGUUUACACAUGAACACUCUUCUAUUAACACCAUACACAAAAGUUAUGAAGAGAAUUUACAAGAAAAAGGUAAUCACUCAGACUUGAAUGCACAAAAUGACACUAAUUCUGACAGUUAUCAUCUUUCAAAAAAUAAUGACUGUCGAGAUUUUCAAGUUUUUUCUAAUGCACAGAAAUACGGUUACCUAAUGCAAUUGCCUAAUUUAAUUAAGAUUCCUGAAACCAUAACACGUAAGAAUUUACCCCAAAAUAUAGACCAACUGACAGAAAUAGAAAAACAAGAAGUGUCACUUCCUUUUUCUGAGGAUCCAUUUUUAAGAGAUUUUUAUGUAGAAGUGCCCAGAUGUGAACCAUGUAAAACAGAAGAACAGAGAGAGAUUUGUAUAGGUGAACAAAGGGCUGAAACUUCCUGUGGCUCAGGAGUUAGUCCUGUUUCAGAGAGUCAGACUGCAGUUUCCCCUCAUAAUACAUCAGAACAACAUGUAUUUUUUGUCGACAGCACCUUCAAGUCUGAUAAAGAGUUAAAAACAGAGUCUUCAAAAAAUCACACGUACGCAUCUGAAAGUGUAACAUCAGUUAGUACCCCACUGCCUAGAAAGACUCAAAAUGAAUACCACAGCAUAGCAAAUGAGGAUUAUAGAGAUACCAGUAAUCAGUUAGAUAUCCAACAACUGACUGUAAAAGAAACAUUGCCAUUCUUCACACCUGUAAGCCGGUCAGAGGGCCUUCUUACCAGUAUAUCAACAAUGGGGUGUCCUAGCACAGGAAGUCAGGUAAAAACUGAAUCCACACAAACUGCAGUCAAACUAGAUGAAAAUUGGAGUGCGCUGGAAACUUUCUGCAAGGUAUUGCAGGAUCAGUUCCAUAGGGUACCUGAAGAAAACAAGGAGGAAGCAGUCUUGUGUGAAAAUAAGCAAGAGAUUCAAAGAGCUGUUGAGUAUAACCCAGAUGAAGCUGAAACUUUGCACACUGGCUCCAAGGCUCAGAGACGGAUUAUGAAUAUUAGCACUGAGCAGUCCUGGUCUGACUUGAUCUCUUCCAGCAAGCUAACUGAGGUUGAUAAUUCAAUUAAGUGUACUGAGUAUGAUAAAGAUGAAGAAGUCAUGACAUCAGAGAACAUAGUAGGUGGUUUAGUUAAUUUGUCACCAGUUAAUUCAGGGAGCGACCACUAUUUUCAAGAGCAACCACCCUACAGCAGAACUCAGCCAUUCUCCAUAGCGUUGACCGCAUAUGAUCCAUUCCCAGUCAAUGCGGAAACGCUAAGAAAUCAAGAAGGAUUGAAAUCCUGCCAGACAUCACCAACUGUUGCUGAGCCUGAGCCCAUCAAAUGUAAACAAGACACAGCAAAGAGUGGGCAUUUAGCUACUGGAGCUAAGAAGAAAUUACCACCAGCAACACUGUCAAAAAAACCCCGACUGGAGGAGAGAGGAAAUGUCAGCAAGGAUCCUAGCUGUGUUAAAAAGUCUGUGAAGAGUGAGGCAGGCAUGAUUCAUAAAGAAGAUAGAAAAGAGCAAAGGAAACUAAUUUUGAAAAAGGAUACCAAAGCUCCCAAGCUGCUGAAGAAAAUCCAAGCAGAGUUUUUGCCUGACUGUUCUGGAAAUAUUAAGCUAUGCUGUCAGUUUGGUGACCUUCAUGGUGACUCCACCAUUACAUGGACUAAAGAUUCCAAGUUACUAGCUCGACUGCAGAGAAGUGCCCAGGAUGACUCUCCUGUCUCUUUGGCAAUAGCUAAAGCCAGUAACAAAGACCAGGGAAUGUAUUAUUGCUGCUUGAAUAAUAUGUAUGGAAAGGUGACUGCUGAGUUUAAUCUGACUUCUGAAGUUUUGGAACAUCUCUCAAGUUUUCAGAAUUGGGAAGGUGUGGAAGAAAUUGAAUUCAUGCAGCUCAUGUUCAGAGAAGAUUUCAUCAGUGACAGCUAUUUUGGUGGGAACCUGCAUGGAAUAAUAGCUACAGAAGAGCUUCACUUUGGUGAAGGCAUGCACCGGAAAGCCUUCCGAAGUAAAGUGAUGCAAGGCCUCGUGCCAGUGUUCAGUCCUGGCCACCCCUGUGUUCUCAAAGUGCACAAUGCGAUCUCAUAUGGGACCAAGAGUAAGGAUGAUCUGGUUCAAAAGAACUACAAACUAGCACUGCAGGAAUGCUGUGUCCAAAAUACUGCAAGAGAGUAUGCGAAGAUAUAUGCAGCUGAAGCUGAACCCUUGGAAGGCUUUGGGGAAGUACCAGAGAUCAUUCCUAUUUUUCUUGUUCAUCGCCCUGCUAAUAACAUCCCCUAUGCGACAGUGGAGGAGGAGCUGGUUGGGGAAUUUGUGAAAUACUCUGUCAGGGAUGGCAAGGAAGUAAAUUUCCUGAGAAGAGACUCAGAGGCUGGCCAGAAGUGUUGCACUUUCCAGCACUGGGUGUAUGAGAAGACCAAUGGGAGCUUGCUUGUCACUGACCUGCAAGGUGUAGGAAUGAAGUUAACUGACGUUGGCAUAGCAACAUUGGCCAAAGGAUACAAAGGUUUUAAAGGCAACUGCUCGAUUUCCUUCAUUGAGCAGUUCAGAGCCCUCCACCAGUGCAAUAAGUACUGUGAGAUGCUGGGGCUGAAAUCUCUCCGAACCACUCAUCAAAAACAGAGGAAAGCAACAUCCAUGAAAAGCAAAAAUCUACCAAACUCAUCGACUAUAAAGAAAACAGUGCCCAAGAAAGCAGGAGACCCUAGAGACUUCAUUUCUUCAGAGCACUGAGUUGCACUGUCCCAUCCUGUGAAAACUCCUCUCAAGGAUAUGUAGUGAUAGGCACCAAUGACCUGGUGGGGGCAUAACUUUAGUCUUUUGCCUUAUGACAUUAUUUUGAAGUCAUCCUGAUGCUGAUGUCAGGAACAAAGAAAGGAGCUGAUUCUAUGGUCUUGGUACCUGAGAUUUAACACCAGAGCAAGGUUUCAAGACAAACUAAGCCAUCUGCCUGGAUUAUUUUAUAAUCCUUUUGUGUGUUGGUAUCUGCACAUUUUGAGUUUUGGACAUUGAGUGCACCACAGGUCACUGGAGAACAUCUUCCCUUCUGUGUGUCUCUGCCUGUGACCCGGUGGGUUCAGCUGCUACAUAGACAUCAAUAUAUUUAAGAUACCACUUAGUAAAAGUUUUGCACAGUAUUGUUGCUCAGGCUGCUAUAGAAAAAAUGUUUCUUUUACCAGAUUUUUGCAUAUUGUAAUCCUACUAUAAUCCUAUUCUUGUAGUUUUUUCUCCCACUUACAUGUCUUUUAAUACAAGACGAAGCCAUUCAUGGUUGGACAUAUCUGUCUUCUGUCCCCCACAGAAUCUUUAAGGUCCUCACAAAGUGAUGUCAUCAGCUUAAAGAUGAGCAACUUGUGUGGUUCUCCAUAGAAUUCCUUGCUUUCCAUGCAAGCUUCCUUCGAUCUACAGUGAACCCCAUGGCACAGUACUUUUGUGCUUGCACCGAUCCUGUUGUAGGAUAGAGGUUUGGAGUCUGCAUGUUGCCAAACAACUACCUUCUGAAAUAAACCAUUACAUAUGGAGGGUAUUUCAGUACCCUGCAGCAUUUUCAACUAGAAUAAGUACAAUGACUUUUCUGUGUAGCAGAGAGUUGUUUUAUAAAGGAACAAGACAGGUGCCCUGGGCCAGUACCUGUCUGCUAAGGAGUCAUGAUUUAUCCGAAAUGCCUAGGCAGGGCCAAAACUGAAAAAAGAUACUCUGCUCCAUUAAACUUAAGUGUAGCUUAUGUGGAGAUUUGCAGCCAGGGGAGGGAGCUAUGCAUGUCAGAGGACAUGUCAGCAACAAGUUUACUGGAGGUGGCAGUUGAAAACCCAACCUGCAGUGCCUAACACAGAAUACAAACAGUGAACGUUGUCAGACUUCUUAUCCCUGUGUGAUUGCUAAAUAGCAGGUGGUGCCAGAAACCAAUACCUGUGUGUAGGAGUCCCAUCAGUGCUGAGGAAGAUAAAAGUGAUUUCAGACUAGGUUCUGCUUUGUAUUGAUAAGCAGUGUGUGCCAAAUAAGAGAUAAACUGUUGGGGACUAGCUGACACUAGGGACAGAAACUCAUCUGACUGCAAUGUAGAUGUAACAUUUAGGAUUGUCAUCCUGGGCUCCCUUUAUGGUUAAUGGAAGUCUUCUCAAUGGAAUUUAGAGCAAAGUGCAGGUUAUCUGAAAAACAAACAUUUGAAAUAGGUUAGAUUAACUGUGCCAAAAAAAUGCCUAUGUCUCUCCAUUUUGAGAGAAGGAAGCAAAGUGUCAGACAGACAUCUGCAUUUUAAAUUCCUACUGUUACAUGGGAUGAAGUUGUCUAGUGUUGUUCUGAAGCAUUUGAGUUUUUAAUAGUUUUCUGCUAACUUAGGUGGAGGAGACCAACUACAAAAUGGUAUUGCAGAAAUUAGGAUGGUAUUGUAGUCACGUAAAAUUGAAUGUAUGAAAGACUAUUUGAAAGAUGAGUUUUUAAAUAGAAAAAGCCAAAGGAAGGUGAAAACUCUGAGUGUGACUGAAAUCUGGGUCAAGACAUUGAGAAUGAAACCUUGACAGAACAAUUACAAUGUACUGAGGAUGGGAAGCCAUUCAUUUCAAAAUAAGGGUGAAUGACAAUGCUGUGCUACUGCAGAGAAUCUGAAGUAUCACAAGAGAAUGGAGGUAGAAAAGUAUACAGAGCAGAAGUUUUGAAGGAGUUAUCAAACACAGCAGGCAGAGGGAGAUGUGGCAUAGAUGAGGCAGAUGGUCUUACUGAUACCGGCUGUGCUGUAGGGAAGAGGUUUUCCCAGGGAAGUCCCACUGUUCUGGUGUCUCAGUUCAAACCAGGAACCAGUCUGAGUUUACACACCUCUCUCUCUCAGCCAAAAGGAAGUCGGUGCGUGUGAGAGAACGAGACACUGUGCAUGGCCAGACAGUGCACCUCACAAUAGGGAUGGCACCAAGUCACUUUCCACUGCCACCUGGCAAUCAUCAGUGCAUCAUUUAUUUGAGUCUGGAAUUCUGUACUCUGUUGAUGCUUAUUGCUGCUUGCGGUUCUGGCUAGCUUUGGUGGGGAAGAGAAGAUGUUGGGAAUGGGGCAUACUGGGCGCUCUGUCACGUUGCAGCUGGAACUGUUGGAUCAGUCAGGGGCAAGAAUGUCAGUGCCAGGCAGUUAGCAUGAAGCCGGCCACCCAGCCCAGGGGACCGUGCUGUUAGGCCAACACUGUGUGUCAGUGGGCCUAGCUGAGUAGCCCUUUCCCCUUCUGUGGUGAUGGGAGAGGGUCUCAACAGCAGCUCUGCUCCUGACAGGUUUCCAUCAAUGGAGAGUGCCAAUAUGGGAAGGAGAGUUUACCACAGAUCUUUCCAGUUCUUAUGUAGCCAUGCGUGUCAAUAGUGUGCAGGAUGAUGUAACACCCCCAGUUAUGAGGCUGCUUGCUCAUCAAAGCCAAGGGGCAGUGUAAGAAGCCUGCAUAAAAAAAGUGAGGCCUGGUAUAGCCAUUGAACUUGAAUUCCCUCAUGCGCUGCUAUAAAUAGAGAAGGCUCACUUGGGGCUUAUUGCCUGAUCCAGAUACUGUAUGUGUGCACAUGUGCAUGUGUGUAUGUUUGCAGGCCACCCUUACUUUACCUAAGGUACUCUCGUCUGUCUGUCACGUAGGAGCUGAAAAGUGGUUCCCUAGCUUUCUAAAGUUGACAGUGUCUGGUCGUUCAAGAAACACCAAGUAUGAUAGUGGCAUGUAGCAUCUUUGGGGAGGAAAUUUGCUCCCAUUUCCCCUCUUAAGUGUUCACCUUCCUGAUAUUUCUGAUCUCUAGGAGACAGGGUAUUGGGAAAUCAACACUCUCCCACGCCCACAACUUCAGAGAAUUAGUUUCGUUGAUAUUUCAUGCCUGUAUAAAAACAUCACCUUACUGCAUUUACCUGGUGUGUUCAAUACUGAUGACAGCACAGAGACAAUGAAUAUUAUCCUUGUCUGGAAAGAUGGAGGUCUCAAUCCUGCAAGAAUUCAAGCUCAGAUGGAUUCUCGGAGCACCCAUCUGUGACCAUAGUUGCAUCCCUGCAGUGGUUUGCAGGACUGAGUAAUAAUUUUCUUCCUUAUUCAUUAAUCAAAAACUUGGAGAAAAUGUUGUUUACACCUGUUGGCCAAAAUAAGCACAGCAGAAACCAUAGAUCUGAAUGAGGAUGUUUAUGCUCCACAUGUUCAUGGAACACAAUACAAUGAAAGGCUCUGUGCUCUGUGUUGCCUUCUAAAGAAAAGAUGAUGACAUUCUUGUCCCCUGGCAGUGAGCGUAAGUGAAUCUUUUAGAAUGUUUUCCUCUGUGGGGAACUGUCCUCCAAGCCCACUGAUGGAGCAUUAAUUAAGGACUCAGGCCACAUUCUGGUUGUAUUUCUGUUUUGAUGGAUUUGAUGUUUUUCAUUCAUCUUUCAACUAGACUUAACAUUUGUACUCAAAAGCUAAUUUUCAUUUUCUUAUUGAUCUCGCAGAGUAAAUGUGUACAUGGAGCAUUAUAUAAUAGCAAGCCAUCGUAUUUGGAUUAAAUAGACAUACACCCAGCUAAAAUGGAUGCUUUUCCACUGCUCAGGAGUUUAUUGAAUGUAUUUUGUUUGUUAAAAGACAUAUUACAUUGCUGAUGUAUUACAACACUGUGUGAGUCACAAUUCCUGAAUUUCUGUCAGUGGAAAGUCCAUCUGAUGAUAAUAGGAAAACCUGGCAAUAC